AUGUCAUCAAUGUCAUUAAAUAGUUAUGUAACAACUAAAAAGGGACUCAAACUAUAUGUUAGAGUAGCAGAGGAAAAGGAUUGUGCUACAUUGGACACUGUCAUUAAUUGGGCAUACAGAGGAAAGGAAGGCACUCCAGACCCAUGGACAACUGAAAAGGGAUUGGUUGCUGGUAAACGUAUCGAUGAAGCUGGUCUCUUGCAAGAGCUAAAGAGAGAUCCAGAGACCGCAAGAGUGAUCCUAGUGGAAUUGAUCAAGCCUGUCGUACAAGUAGAGGAUGGAGCUCAAGAAGAGACAACAAAAGAAGAACGUACUAUUGUAGGCUCUAUCAAGAUUGAUAGAGAAUCUGCUACAUCGACGGAUGUACUCAUUGGAAUGUUCAGUGUUGACCCAUCACUUCAAUCAAAUGGCAUUGGUCAGAUUCUUUUCAAGAUUGCCGAAUCAUUUGCCUUGGAGCAUUGGAAGUGCACCAGAGGUGUCCUUCACGUUCUCUCGGUACGUCAAGAGUUGUUAAAUUGGUACUACUCGAUGAACUAUACUCCAUCAGGUGAAUUAAUCCCAUUCCUUCACGAAAAACAUACCGAUUCACCUUUAAUCGAUGAUUUAUGUUUUAGUACUCUUUACAAAUCUUUAAUCUAG